ACGAGACUAUAAGUCAAUUUGAGUAUUUUUUUUCACAUUACAGGAGAAGGUAACACCUUUUUAAAACAGAAAGGGUGAAAGUAUAGCCCCCCGCGGAUGAAGAAGUGAAACACUUGUUGCUCUUCCAACCCCCAGGAAGCGGAGCAUGGGACAGCGCUGCGAUACUGGUCCUAAAAGUACUCAUACAAACCCUUUUAAACCCUCGUAGAGACAUAAGAAGCUGUUUUUAGUUGACAUUGACGACGAACUCUCGGAGCAAUUGGAUAAAACAAUUUCAUCUGGUGGCUAACGGUAAGACCCGCCACCUGAUGAUGAACCUCAUGACUUGGACACCCAGGAGAAUGGUUUCUCUGGACUAACGUGAAGACAAGCCCCUCUGUAGGAAGUUUGAAACAUGCCCUUACCAUUUGGCCUGAAACUUAAAAGGACUCGAAGGUAUACUGUUUCCAGCAAGAGCUGUCUUGUCACCCGGAUUCAGCUUCUCAAUGGCGAGUUUGUUGAGUUUACAUUAUCAGUGGAGAGCACUGGACAGGAAUGUCUGGAGGCAGUGGCCCAGAGACUCGAGUUAAGAGAGAUAACGUACUUCAGUCUGUGGUACUUCAAUAAGCAGAACCAGCAGAGGUGGAUUGAUUUGGAGAAAGCGCUGAAGAAGCAGCUGGACAAGCAUGGGCUGGAACCCACUGUUUACUUUGGAGUCGUGUUUUACAUACCCAGUAUCACGCAACUUCAACAGGAGAUCACAAGAUAUCAGUAUUACCUCCAGCUGAAGAAGGAUGUUCUGGAGGGCAGGAUAUCCUGCUCACUGGACCAGGCGAUACGUUUAGCCAGCCUGGCAGUGCAAGAUGACUUUGGAGACUUCGACCAAUAUGAUUCCCACGAGUUCCUUCAGAAAUUUGCACUGUUUCCGAUUGACUGGGUUCAGGAUGAGAGUGUGCCGGAGGAGGCCAUGCAGAAAGUGGCACUGCUUCAUCAGACCUUCAGAGGUUUAUCAGCUCCAGAUGCAGAAAUGUUGUACAUGCAGGAGGCCGAGAGAAUGGAAGGAUAUGGCCAGGAGAGCUAUCAAGCCAAGGACGGGACAGGCACAGACGUUACCCUGGGAUCCUGCCUCGACGGUAUCUUUGUCAAGUAUAAGAAUUCACGUCCACCUUUAUUAUACAGGUGGCAUGAAAUUAACAACAUGAGUCACAACAGGUCCUUCUUUGCCCUGGAGCUGGUCAACAGAGAGGAGAGUGUUCAGUUCCAGACUGAAGACAUGGAAACUUCUAAAUACGUGUGCCGGAUGUGUUUGGCCAGACUCAAGUUUUACAAGAUUAAUAUGAGCAGCCUAGAAGAGUGUGACCCCCUGCCUACUGAGGGCUCCCAGAAGUCCCUUCUCACUCUAUCCUUUCCUCGUUUUCCAAUGCUCUCUCGUACCUGUCUACCUUCUAAUAAAGGCCAAGCCCAGUCCACAACUGUCAACCCAGUGAGACGGAGAUCCUCCACGAGAAUAUCGCUGUCAAAGCCCCAGGCCUACAUGAUGCCCCCUCCUCAGAUGCACUACAACGGCCACUACACUGAGCCGUACACGUCAUCACAAGACAACCUGUACAUGAACAGUCAGAACGGUUAUUACUACCACUCUCAGACCAGCCUGGACUGCGCUCCUCUAGAAUACAGCAGCGGAGGACGUUUACGUAACGGCAGCGUGUACAGCGCCCACAGCACCAGCUCUCUGACGAACCCGCAGCACUACCUUCAGCCCUCGCCCAUGUCCUCCAACCCCUCCAUUACCAGUGACAUCACCCGGCCAGAUUAUGUUCCAUCUCAUCGCCACAGCGCUCUCAUCCCACCUUCCUACCGCGCCACCCCUGAUUACGAGACAGUGAUGCGCCAGAAAACCCGAGGUCCAGGGGGAGGAAUGAUUCUGUCGCAAGAGCACCGGCAGAGCCAUUCCAUGAGAAACCUAAACAUCGGAAACUCGUAUGCUUACAGCAGACCGGACCCUCUAGUUUAUAGCCAACCAGAAAUCAGAGGGGAGCACGGAGGGGCGAUGCAACAACACUAUUAUCCCUUCCAUCUGGGCUCCUUCCACAGCCCGUCUCCUUACCCGUACCCGGCGGAGCGGAGGGCCGUGGUGGGAGCAGUCAGCGUUCCAGAGCUCACAAAUGUCCAGCUGCAACAAGCGCAGGAGUAUCCAGCGCCAAACAUAAUGAGAACACAAGUGUACCGACCACCUCCACCGUACCCGUACGCUCACCCCCGUCCUGCUAACAGCACCCCUGAUCUGUCCCGUCACCUGUACGUCAGCAGCAGUAAUCCAGACCUGAUCAUCACGAGGCGUGUGCAUCACUCGGUGCAGACGUUUCAGGAGGACAGCCUGCCCGUCGCACACUCCUUACAGGAGGUUUCAGAGCCUCUGUUCUGCGGCCCUCCCCACAGACACCCGUACCAUUCUCAGAAGCGUAACUCCAUUGAGAUUGCCGGUUUGGCACUCAGUUUUGAGGGGGUUAGGGUGAAAGAUCGAACUGUAUCCUCCUCCGCGGCAGAAACGGCCACCCCCCCUCCAGUUCUCCACGGCGGUCGCUCUCAGGGCUCUCAGCUCAACGUGUUUUUAGAACGUACGAAGACAGAAGAGAGGGGAGACAUUCAUGAGGAUGUGCAGUACGGACACAAGAAGUCCCUGUCUGACGCAACAGUGCUGAUUCAUAGUAGUGGAGAAGAGGAAGAGUUUGAAGAUGAAGGUGGACGGCACACUCCGCUUUCACAAGAGGCAAUGUCGGCUAUUGUUCCCGAGCAACUGGCCCAGCAGCAGCAGCAGCAUCACGGCCUGACGCCUCACUCCUCUCUCACACAUCAGCAACAGAUUCCCCUAGAGCCGCCUCCUGCAUAUCCCAUAGGCUCUGCCCUUGACCCCUCCAUAACCAGCUCCUUAGCAUAUAAAGUUCAUCCCUUGAUCCAAGAAGGAGAGCAUCUUUACCUGCUGUCAGAUUUAAGACAGCCCAGGAUUAUGCCCUCUGUGUCAGAAGGAGACCUGAGCGACCAGGCUAAGCAAAAGCCCAAGAAAGAUUUUAAGAAGAGGCCGGUGUCUGAUGUUCCUACGGGGAAGAAAGCAAUAGAGGGUUUGCCUCCUCCGGGGAUGAAGAAAGGAGCCAGGUCAGAGUUGAGGAAGAUGGGCCCUCUAAAGGUGGCCCAUCUUAACGGUCUGUCAGUGUCCAGGCAGCCGCUGCACGAUGAGGUUAAAGAUGAUCCUGAGCAAGCGUCUAAUGAUGAGAGGUGUAAAUUGCUGGAGCAGCACAUGGACAGAGGUGAGGUGUUGAAAGAGUACGAGAGCAUCCCGAAGCGUCGUCCCGGAGGGGAGUGCACCGUCGCCCUGCUGCCAGAAAACGGAGACAAAAACCGCUUCCAAGACGUCCUGCCUUAUGACGACACCCGAGUGGAGCUGGUUCCCACUAAAGAGAACAACACCGGCUACAUCAACGCAUCACACAUCCGAGUCACCAUCGGGGGACAGGAAUGGAGCUACAUUGCCACCCAGGGUCCCCUCUCCAGCACGUGCCCAGACUUCUGGCAGAUGGUGUGGGAGCAGGGCGUCUCCAUCAUUGCAAUGGUCACUGCUGAAGAGGAAAGCGGGCGAGAGAAGAGCUUCCGCUACUGGCCCCGACUCGGCUCACGGCACAACACGGUGACGUACGGUCGAUUCAAGAUCACCACGCGCUUCCGCACGGAGUCCGGCUGCUACGCCACGACGGGGCUGAAGAUAAAACACCUCAUGACGGGGCAGGAGAGGACGGUGUGGCACCUGCAGUACACGGACUGGCCGGACCACGGCUGCCCUGAGGACUUCAAAGGCUUCCUCACCUACCUGGAGGAGAUCCAGUCUGUGAGGCGACACACUAACAGCAUCAGUGACCCAAAGAACACCAAUCUACCCGUGCUGGUGCACUGCAGCGCCGGAGUGGGCCGGUCCGGUGUCGUCAUCCUCUCUGAGCUCAUGAUCGCUUGUCUGGAGCACAAUGAGAUGCUGGACGUUCCAAAGAUCCUGUUGGCGCUGCGAGCUCAGAGGAUGAUGAUGGUUCAGACUUUGUCUCAGUACACUUUCAUCUACAAAGUCCUCAUCCAAUACCUCCGCAACUCCAGGCUGAUCUGAUCAGGAGCAGCUCAGCUACGCAGGAGGCUCGACAGCAGAGUAGAUUGAACAUUUCUCCCAAACUGCACUGCAACGAUGCAAGCUUUUUAAAUCAGAAGAAAAGAGGCCAAAAAUCAGACUGUUGUUUUGGCCAACAAUUAAAUUAGGUGGAACAUGUAGGAUGUUUGGUAUACAAGAAAGACGUAGCGGCAUAUGAAGGAGCUUUGAGACUGUGACCUGCCUCUGAACAGUAUUAUAUACAAGAUAUUUUUUACAAACCUGAUUGCUUAAGUGAGCACUUUCAUCCCACUGUGCUGUACAUAAACAAAUAUUAAGCUUUUUAAAGGAAAAUAUUUUUUUGAUUUGUUGAUGCUUCAUAGGUUCCCGUGAGUUUCUUCGCUGUAGGUUGGGAAAUCUUACAAAACAAAAAAAUGCUUUCUUUUUUUAACUGAACAUGUUAUGAUGCCCAGACUUUAAAAACUGUUUUGAGGUAAGGCUUAGAAAUCAGGUUUAAUAAUUGAAUUGAGUUGUCUGCAUUUAUAAAAAAAAUAAGACAUGCUGCUCUUGUGUUUUUAAAAACAAAAAAGAUACCCGCCAAAUAUCUGUAGAUCUGAGAGAAGGCAAGUGAGAUGAUUGAAACUGCACAGAUGAAAAAUGCAAAGUUGAGAUGGGUUGCACAUUUUAUAAUUUAAAACAUAUAUAUGCAUUUUGAUUUUUACAUUAAAAACAGAUUAGGAUGUUUGUUAAGGAGUAAAACUGGAACAUUUACUCUAUAUUUUCUUAAGCGUUGAACUGUGUUGGAGCAAUACAUUUUCAAAACUAUUUUGUUAAGACAAAGUGCCUAAAUCUCAGCAGAGGCACCGCAGAGCUGAAACAUCCGUUGGAAAAAUAAUGUGAUCAUUAUUAAAGUAAUAACGACGUCACAUCAGAUCCCCAGUGUUGAGACAGCAGGGCUUUAUUAUUUAUUAAAAUGUGUGCUGGUGCUGGGUGUUGAGCUGCGUGAGUGACUUACAUUUCUGAUGGACAGAUUUAUCUCCAGUUUCAGAGAAGUGAAAAAUGUUGAAGCUUCUUUUAACAAAGAGCUUCUUGACUGUUGAACACGUAUCAGGUCUCGUUUGUUCAUUAUUGCAGAUUAAAUCCUGAUUUGUACAAUGUUUACAGACACUGCAAGUGGCUCUUGUACAACGUGAUUUUGCCUUUGUUUAUUUAAGGUGCCAAUUUAGUGUGCUGAUUCCUCUUUCACUCACCUUUUGAUUGAAAGUUGUUUUGUUUUGGUUGAAAGUUUUUCAUAGACGUGAUUUUUACCCGAUCAUGAACUUAAACCGUCUUGUUUUAAGAUCCAUCAUUUGAAUCAGAUUUCGUAUUUGUGGUUUUUGUGUUACAAACCAAGUAGAAACUGGAGAGGCCUCUUCUCUCUCCAACUGUAAACAGUUGUCCUUGUACAGGUUUGGUGUUUAUAAUGUACACAAUGUAAAAUUCUGCUUUAAUGAAUAUUGAUUACUGUACAAAAUGUGUAUAAAAUGUAUGUAUGGAACAAAAUGUUACUGAGGAAAAAUGUUGCCAUGAAUAAAUAUUUGGAAACAA